UAUUGUGACUGAUAGUGUGUAUUAACUUCAGCCCAUAGUCAGCUGCUCCAAGGCAUAGCAGUAUAGUAGUGGGGCUGAGACAGGAGGCUUAGUUUAAGGCACAGCAGUCAGGAAGCAGAGAGCAUGAAGGACGACAGACUUCUGAGCACACUUCCAGGAACCCACGUCCUUUCACCAGCUUCACCUCCCAAAUCACAUUCAGCUACAAACUCAUCAGCAGACUAAUCCACUGAUGAGUUUAUGGUUCCACUAUUCAGUCACCUCCCAAGUCUCAUUUAUAAAUGCAUGAGGCUUUGGGGGUACAUCCAAAUACAAACCAUAACAGCAGGUAAAAAGUAUUAAACUGGAAACUACAAGUCUGAGCUCCAAUUGGAUAUCACCACCAUUAAGUAGCCCAAGAUCCAGACUUAAACCAUCAACGCCCUACUGAGAACAACCUAAAAGCAAGGAAUAACUCUGUUAAAGACAAAAAGUGAGGUAAAAGGUAUGAAGUCUGAUUCAGUAAACCAAGUAUGUGCUCCAGGUGCGAUACCUAAACAUUUGUUUGUACAUUCACUGCAGGUAAACUUUCUAAUUUCAGUAUGUGGUGAAUACAUUGGAUGUAGUACCUGGCUCACCUACGUGUGCCUGCAAUUAGAUGGGAUGAUGUUUCUAAGGCAGAGUUGCACAUUGUACAGACACAGUCACUUCCCUCUCAGUCCAGCAGACGCCUCCUGCCCAGGGCAGCAGUGAGGCUCCUGGUGACUGUCCUCUAAGCAGGAGAAUAAGAGUACAGUAUCUGAACGUUUCUGAAAUGCUGACCUAGAUUUUGUUGGGUGUUGGUCAAUUCACAGAAGUGGGAAGGCUCUCAGCUCCUAGAGCUUCUCCAGCGAACUCAGGUGUAAAAGGCCACUUCUCCUAAGUCCCGAAAGAGAUCUGGAUGUCCGCUGGGUUCAGCUCGGAGUUUGAUUUUGCCAUGAUUGCCCUUUCCCAUGAGGCCCUUUUCCUGGAGGGAAGAAGCCCUUCCCCGGGGUGAAAUCCCUCCAGCUUCAUUUGUUUAAUCUCCUUUUUGGUCUCACCGAUGCAGGGUGUGGUCUUUUCUCCUGCCGGAGCACCGACUGAAUACGGGGCACUGUGCAUUCAGGAGUACAGAAAAAACAACAAAGUGGAGUCAAGUGCGUGUAACAGCUUCAUGGGCUUAAAGGACCACCUGGGGCAGGAGCUCAGUCACCUUUAUGUGGCGGGCACUGCCCCGCAGUUAAGUGCAGCUGUUCCUUGGCCAAUGGGAGAAAAACCAGCUAUGGAUGCAGUUCAUGCCAGGAAGGAGGAAAAAGAGGUGUCUGAGGAGAACCUGAGCUCCGGGGAUUCUGAAGAAAGCACAAAUUCUGAUCAUGAGUCAGAACACCUGAGUAGCAUUGCAGUAGAGCCAUGCCUAUUAACCAAGACUCACAGACAGUUAUGUAGGUCUCCCUGCUUAGAGCCUCACCUACUCAAACAUAAUGAAAUUUUGCAAGACAUUACACCGGAAGAGACCCAGGCUCCAUCCAAGGAAGCCAAGAAAGGUCCUGAUGUGGUGCGAGAAUACCAAACAAAACUGGAGUUUGCACUUAAGUUGGGCUAUUCUGAAGAACAGGUUCAGCUUGUGCUAAACAAACUUGGUACCGAUGCUUUAAUCAAUGAUAUUCUGGGAGAACUUGUCAAACUUGGAAAUAAAACUGAAGCUGAUCAAGCGGUUAGCACAAUUACCAGUCUAACGCGGGAAACGUCUUCUCUGGAAUCUCAGAGAUCCGAAUCUCCAAUGCAAGAGAUUAUAGCAGAUGAUGGUGAAAAUCUAAGACCCAUAGUCAUUGAUGGCAGCAAUGUGGCCAUGAGCCACGGAAAUAAGGAAGUAUUUUCCUGUCGAGGAAUAAAACUGGCCGUGGACUGGUUUGUGGAAAGAGGCCACAAAGACGUUACUGUGUUUGUCCCUGCGUGGAGGAAGGAGCAGUCCCGGCCCGACGCCCUCAUCACAGAUCAGGAGAUUUUACGCAAGUUAGAGAAGGAGAAGAUCCUCGUGUUCACGCCGUCCCGGAGAGUCCAGGGCAGGCGGGUGGUGUGCUACGACGACAGGUUCAUCGUGAAGCUGGCCUUCGAGUCGGACGGCAUCAUUGUGUCCAACGAUAACUACCGGGACCUGGCCAAUGAGAAGCCGGAGUGGAAGAGGUUCAUCGACGAGCGGCUGCUGAUGUACUCCUUCGUCAACGACAAGUUCAUGCCGCCUGAUGACCCGCUUGGCAGACACGGCCCCAGUCUGGAUAAUUUCCUGAGGAAGAGACCCAUCGUCCCUGAGUACAAAAAGCAGCCUUGUCCAUAUGGCAAGAAGUGCACCUACGGACACAAGUGCAAGUACUACCACCCCGAGAGGGGCAGCCAGCCGCAGCGCUCGGUGGCUGACGAGCUUCGCGCCAUGUCCAGAAGCACAGCGGCCAAAACCGCAAAUGAAGGGGGACUGGUGAAAAGCAACAGCGUUCCCUGCAGCACGAAAGCCGACAGCACUUCCGAUGGCAAGCGAGGCGCGCCCAAGAGGCAGUCAGAUCCCAGCAUAAGGACGCAAGACCUGGAGGAAAAGCUUCCCACCAAAAACAAACUGGAAACCAGGUCUGUGCCUUCCUUGGUGAGUAUACCGGCUUCUUCUACUGCAAAACCCCAAAGCACCGCACCGUUAAGCAAUGGCCUUCCAUCUGGAGUUCAUUUCCCACCUCAGGAGCAGAGAGCACAGGGACAGUACCCCGCCAUGAUGAUGGCAACCAAAAACCAUGGAACGCCAAUGCCUUAUGAGCAGUAUCCAAAAUGCGACUCACCUGUUGACGUUGGAUAUUACUCCAUGUUGAAUGCAUACUCGAACCUGAGCAUCUCAGGCCCGCGGAGUCCCGAAAGGCGUUUCUCACUCGACACAGAUUACAGGAUCAACUCGGUGGCUUCGGACUGCAGCAGUGAAGGGAGCAUGAGCUGCGGGAGCAGCGACUCCUACGUGGGCUUCAGCGACCGCUCCUACGUCAGCUCUCCCGACCCGCAGCUGGAGGAGAGCCUCAAGUGUCAGCACAUGCACCCGCACAGCCGCCUUAACUCCCAGGCUUUCCUGCAGAGCUUCCACGACCCCGUGACCAGAGUGCAAAGUUACAGUCACGAAGAACCAAAGUUCCAGCCCAAGCCGCCCCUGCCGCACUUGGCUGUGCACCUGCAGCACCCCGCCGUGAGUGCCCGGUCCAGCUGUCCUGGGGAGUACCCCUCUCCUCCAAGUUCCGCACACUCCAAGGCGCCCCACCUCGGGAGGUCCCUCAUGGCCACGAGAAUAGACAGCAUUUCCGAUUCGCGACUCUAUGACAGUUCUCCUUCAAGACAGAGAAAGCCUUACGCCCGCCACGAGGGGCUGGGCAGCUGGGACAGGCCGGGUUUCGGGGCGGAUGCCUAUGGGUACCGGCAGACCUACUCCCUGCCUGACACCUCCACCCCGCCGUGCUACGAGCAGUUCACCUUCCAGAGCCUGCCCGAGCAGCAGGAGCCCGCCUGGCGGAUCCCGUACUGCGGAAUGCCACAAGAGCCUCCGAGGUACCAGGACAGCCGCGAGAAGGUCUACAUCAACCUGUGCAACAUCUUCCCCCCCGACCUUGUGAAAAUCGUCAUGAAAAGGAACCCUCACAUGACAGACGCCCAGCAACUCGCUGCAGCCAUUCUGGUGGAGAAAUCACAGCUGGGUUAUUGAAAGAUGAUGCAUCUUUGUGGUGUUUAAUAGUUUUUUUGUUCAGCUCAAAUGCUGAAGGAGGUUUGCUACAAUAGCACAUGUGAUCUCCUUCUCAGCAAGGAGGUUAAAUAGUAUCCAUUUAUGUGAAAUACUGUAUCAUGGAAUCUGUAUGUGCAGCCCACGGGUGGAACUAUCAGGAUUGCUUCACAUUCUAACUUUUUUUUAACAUUUCUUUUUUGAAGGUAUAUCUCUGGCUGGAAACUUAUCCAGUUUGAUUUAAUAGCUGUAUCUGUGAUCUUUGAUAUUAAUCUUUGGUGCAUCAGGGGUUUAUACGCAGCACUUUUUAUUCUUGUUUCAUGUUUUAUUAACUUGGUGUUUGUCUGUCAAUUGCAAGCAAUUACAGCACCUUCAGAACGUGGGACCUUUAACUAGACCCGCAGAACAGUUUUCAAGCCAAGCUUAAUUAGAAUCUUUUACAGCUUUUUAAGUUAUUUUUAUUUGGGGAAAGUGGGCUUCUCUGUCCUAUAAUAAUUAUUUAUAGAAACAAAAAUAUACUACAGCACUGACUUUGUGUGUUAAACAAAAUCUAAGUUACCAGUUUAUGCUGAAAGGGUAACAUGUAUUAGAAUGAUUUACAGUGUGGCACUUUUAUUGUUUUUUUUUUGUUUUUUUUUUUUUUUUUUUUUUUUGGCUUUUCUUGUUUUUUUAUCACUAAGAAAUCAGAUAAUUUAACGGUCAGUUUAAAAGAAAGCAGAUGCAAUCAGUGGGAAAAAAUUGUUUCCAUUUUUUAAAAAUGAGUAAGGCAAAAGCCGUAACUGUUACAGUUAGUGCUUGAUUAUCCAGCUAUGAUGUGCUUCUAUGGAGAUGGAAUUGAAUUCCUAGAUUCCCAUUAAUUUGUAAUUUUAACAUUUGUUUUUUGUUUUGGGGCACAAUAAUACUGGAUAAAUAACUUUCACAGUACUUGCCUGUUUUUAAUGAAUCUAAGUAUUCUCAAUGCAAUUUUAUAUUUAAUAUACUCUAGCUUUCCUGCUGUUUAUCAAGGCUGGCCUGAGAUGGUUUUGUGUGUUGAGGGUAUGCAACAUUUAUUGCUACUGCACUAUAGAAAUAGUGAUGAGGAGUUGUAAAUGGUAACUUAAAUUUUUUGUAAGAUAGUGUAUAUUUUCCAUUUUCCUGAAGGUAGUUUUUUUGAGGGCCUGUUAUAUUAUUAAGGCCAGACUCUUGCCACAAAUAGUGUAGUUUUAGACACAGACUGCUGUCUGUUCUAGUAUUAGUAAGGGAUAUUUCUGGUUUCAAACUCAGGGGUUUUGCUUAUUGCAGUUACAUUUCUGCAGAUUGGAAGAUGAGUUUUGCGGUUAGUGGCAGACAGAAGUGUGACUGGUUUCCGUGAGACCCUGAGUUUACCCCGUGUGACACGUUCAGGGCUGGUUCUGUGGUCUGCCUGGAUGCUCCAGUCUUUUGGAUUAUUCUGCACGUACAGUGUGAAGUAAAGCCCUGAAAAACCAGAAAGUACCUUUUACUGUUGAUACAAAUUGUAUCUUUUUAACUAUAAGAAAUAUUUUGAUUUGUAGAUCUAGUUGAAAACACAAAUGUGUAACUACAAUUAGACUUUUGGGCAACAUUUUAUCCCUUAUUUAAAUACAAAUUUUUAAAAUAAAAUUGAGGUCUUACAAUAGAGUAGAAAGUAAAAGUAAUAAUUUAGGUAAAGAAAAGUGUCUGUCUUAGUUUUAUAUACUAUAUUAAAACAUAUUAAAUUUAUUGGCAUUUUUUCUUCUAAAACUUACCUAGUGUGAACUUUACUAAAAUAAAGGUAAAAUGCUGCCUGAAAAAUAAUGUCCAAGCAUCUUUGACUAGGAUAACAUUUUCACUACUUGUGUGACACUGUGUGUUGCAUGGAGUAGGAUUUGGGUAUACAGUAAAUGCUUCUAAAAGGCAUUGUGCAUAUUGACAUAUCCAAUAAUCUGAACCAUGUUCAGCAAACUUAAUUCAGGAAAGUGAUGUUCUACACAAUUAUUGCUGUUGUGCUUGAAGUGAGUGUGCUACGCUUCUGUACCCAAGUUACUGCGGGUGAAGCCGCACAAACCAUUCUGAAUGGUGUCUGUGCAGGAUGACCCUACUCACUUGUGAAACUGUUCUUGAUUUUUGUCGUUCAUUAUCUGUAGAGCAAGUUUAAAUGUCCAGGCAAAAUGGGUGCCAAAAAUAGGGUUACCGCUGUGUGUUACCUUUCAAUUUAGUCAUGUUUUAAAGGAUUGUAGUUUGAAAUUACCUCUAAAUUGUACAUGUAGGUUUGGGUUCCAUUUGCUUCAUUUGAGCAUUUUAAUUGAAGAUUGCUAAACUUUACUGAGUGGUUUUAAAUGAGCUCUUAGGUUAAAUGAAUAUGACUUUAUGUUUGACCUUCUAAUAUUUUUAGGUGACUGUUUAUCCUUAUAUUUUGGAAUAGCAUAUACUGCCAUCACGCGUCCUGAAGGUAAAUAGCUCUGAAUGCCCACAGCAGAUCUGUUCGGUUUGGUUAAUUGUACUUUAGGAAGUAGCACUUUGCUUAUGUCAAGAGGACAGUUUGCCCCCUUUUCUUUGGAAGCACCAACAUUGCUCUCAGAGCUUAAGAAUGGGACAGUAAGCUUCCGGGAGAACAUGGCGGACAGAUAACAGCAACUACCAGAGGCUCUCUGAAAAACUAGGCUCAGAAGCCAGGUAUGGUGCGGACUAAAGAGACAUAAGCAGGUGGAGUUAUGCUCUGCUGACUCAGGAACGAACUCGGCUGAGAGAAACCAACUUGGAAUGCAGUCCUGGUGCUAAAACAGGAACAGAAAAGUCUCGCUGCUGAGGCUGGACCCUGCGCCAUUGGAAGCCGCGAUUUGGGUUUCCCGCUGCGCGGUGGCUGGCUGCCUCUACAUCAGCUUGGCAAGGAGAGAGAUGCAGAAGCUCUGAGAACGGCAAUCUGCGAACGGAGUCGAAAACAGGACGGGCAGGGAGGCAUGUUCUGACUUGUGGCGAGGUGAGUGAGAGAAACUGACACUCCACCACAGUUUGACUCCAGCAGAGGACUUUCUGGGCCCGAGCAGUCCUGCGGGAGCAGGGCGCGCUGGCGACUCCAGCCACACAUUCCCCUCUCGGGCGGGAUUGGUGAAAAGUGCCUGGCCUGCGUGACGCUGCCGGCGGACCCUGUAGGCUGGCCCAACCCAGAUCGCAGAGCCUGACGGAGGCCGGGAGGGGCGGGCCCCCGCGUAGGCUCCCUGGUGCGCAGCGGUGAGUGGGAACACCUAACCGGCGCAAUUCGAUCAGGCUGUGGCUGACAGGGAGAGAAGCUGGGCCUCUCAUAUAAGCUUGCAUAUAUAAGGAACAGAGAAUAUGGGAAGAGGCAGCAACAAGAAAGGCUCCUCGGCCCCCAAUUCUGAGAAACAGGCAAUAGCGGACACCGCACCAAUACACAUAAAGCACCAUAUAGAGAGCCUCAUAGACCAAUUCAGGAAUGAAGUUAUCAACGACCUGAAGCUAGAAGUAUGCAAAAUAGUUAGAGAAAUGCUAAGCCCCACCCAAGAAAAAACAGAUGGUGGAAUGGAAGAACAGAAAAAGAGGGGAGAAUUGUUUGAUGGAGAAAACAGGGAAAGCAUAGAAUACGUGAAGCAGGUUCAAAGGGGCUACCAAGAAACUAAGAAGUCUAUCGAAGACUGGCAUAACAGCUUGAAAGAAACUAAGGACAGACUAUCUGAACUGGAGGGCAGAAUUGUAAUAUGGGAGAAUGAAAUGAAAAACUUCUUAAAAAUAACAAAGAAACAAACAGCAAUAAUACAAAGACAAGAAGAUGAUAAGAGGAUCCAUAACUUAAGGAUUAAGAACAUAAAAGAAGAAGUAGGGACACAAACAAAUGAACUACAAAAGCUACUCACAGAAAUAAUCCAGGAGAAUUUUCCUAAUUUAGCAAAAGGUAAAGAUACUCAGAUGUAUGAGGCAUACAGGACCCCAGCUACCUACAACCCAAACAGAGCAACACCCAGGCAUAUAAUAAUAAAAACUCCAGAAAUUCAAUACAAGAACAGAAUAUUAAAAGCUGUCAGAGACAAGAAACAGACCACUUACAAGGGAGCACCCAUCAGAAUUACAGCAGAUUUCUCUGCACAAACCAUCAAAUCACGAAGAGCGUGGGGGGAAAUAAUUCAAGCUUUGAAAGAUAAUAAUCUCCAGCCAAGAUUGAGAUAUCCUGCACAACUGUCCCUGGAAAUUGAUGGGAAAACAAGGUGCUUCCAGGAUAAAGAGGAACUGGGGGAAUUUGCAACCACCAAUUCAACUCUACAGAGAGUAUUGCAGGAUAUUCUAAAAAAAGAAAAAAUACAAAGAAUCCAGAAAUAGUGGAGGCCACGACUAAUGGAGCAGAGAACAAAGUGAAGAAGACAAACUGACAGCUACUGACAGAAUAAGAGCUCAACAGAAAUGAGGCAGAGAAGAUUGGAUGAUAGGAACAGCUAUUUUGGAGAAAAUGACAUCUUAAUAGGUAAUACUGAUUUAGUAUCAUCUUGUUUUGAAGUCUCAUCUAGCUUUUGUCCUUCUGUCUCCAAUGGUCUAAAUAGGUUGUAUCGUACUGGAUUUUAUUAUGUACAAUAGUAUAAGCAAAAACCUUUUAAAGACAAGGAGAUUAUACAGAAACCAUUAUUCAUUUUCUGUUAGUCGAUUCUAAAAACUCUGUAAUGCUGUCAUUCUCUUAAAUGGUUUUACAUUGUUUUGAUAUACUUAAUGCUACAAUAUAUGAAGUUGUACUCAAGGAUUUCAAGGAAAGAGACAAUAUGGUAACUACUUUUAGGUCAGGAUUAUCUGGUGGUGAAACACUAUUCUGCUUAAAUGGUUAUGAUUUGAUCUGUGCUGUUUUGUUGUUAUGCCCUCUUUUAUCUCAAUCUCCACUCCAUUAUUUACUUUUUUAAUACUUUUUAAAAAAUUUUUAUCCUUUUAAUUAAAGGAAAAAAAUAGCAGGAUAUAUUAUAGUAACCCACUUUGACUUUCCAUUACCUCGAUUUAAAGCCCUGUAUUACUCUCACCAUCUGGUUUUUGACUGAUGUUCCCCUAUUCUGUUUUGCUGGAUAGUAUCAGGUUCGAAAAUUUAGGCAUCAGCUGUGAAGAUAAUGAGAUUCAUUAUAACGCCCAUUCUCGUUGACUUUUAUCUACUUUUGAAGACCUACAAUGUCUCCAAUGGUUUGGCUUUGUCGGUUUUGUUCUUUACUGUUUUGUUCAAUUGUAUUAUAACUAAUGAUAUAGGCAAUUCUAUUAGAGAUAGCGGGAGGCAUUAUGGUAACCAUUGUUGAUCACCUUGUAUUAUGUUUUCACAUUAUCUAUUAUGUCCACCCUUUUGACUUGACCGAUUCUGUUCUGUUAUGUCACAUUUGGUUUUACUCUCUUCCAAAAAAGUAAUAAGAACCGUGAGAGCAAUGAAACCCAAAAUGUGUAAUAGUCAUUGUACAAAAGAGAGGAAAAGAAAGUGCUCUAAGCUAUAUAACUGCAUGUAUAUUUAAGUGUAUAAGAUAGAAUAUGAUAUCACAGAGUUUUAUUGGAUCAUUGAACAGAACUGUUUGCAGUAUCAUUGAUGGAAUGUCCACUUUACAAGCUUUAAUUUUGUGACUUGAACAAUUAUUUCUAAGAUGACAGUAUGUAAUUCAUUAACUAGUGAUUUCCUACUGUUCAUUUUUUUCUGCAAAUCUGUAUAACUUGUACCCUUUCUCUGCUUUUUUUUUUCUUUUCUCCUUAAAUAAAAUUUAAAAAAAAAUAAAAAAAAAAAAAUUAAAAAAAAAAAAAGAAUGGGACAGUAAGCUGACUUUAGGUAUCUAAAGCAGUGAGGAGAAGGAGUCCAUUACUAAGUUAAAUCCUUUACUGACUGCAAAGCUUCGUUUUAGGCAGAACCUGCUUCCUAGCCCCCAACCCCCACUUACCCGACCUGCUAAUACACAGCCAAAGCCAGGCGUGUCAGGAGACAGUGGUCAGCUGAUGAAAGAAAGGGUUCGGGCUGGCCAUUGUGCCCUGAAUAAGCGACAGCUGACUGGGCUGCGCACGGUAACCAGGCGGUGUGUUGUCUCUGUGUCGGGGUCCCGCGUAACAGCACCCCGCUGGCCAAAUACUGGCCUUGGUAUUUCCUCAUUUCUUGCAUGUGAUGCACAUAUUUUCAGUCUCAAUCUUCUGAUCUCUACCCUGAUAGAGUUUGUCAUUGAUCUGCUAAAAAUUGAAAGAAAUAUUCACCAGUAUAAAAUAUUUAAUUCUGGUGGAAACUUGAAUUUUGUGUUUUUGUGAAAACCAAUUUAUUAGAACACAUAAUGUAACUAAAGUGUUUUAUAUACACAGACGUAUUUGUUAGGAGGUAUUAAAACUUUGGUGGCUAACAACCCCCGAUGGCCCUGUUCUUCUGUUUUGUGGAUGACGAGGUCUGGACUGGAUGCCCGGUGAGAAGGGUCAGAACCACUGCGAUGGCGAGGGAGAUUCCACUGGUUUUAUUCCUCGUAUUUCUAAACACUUAUUUUGAUAAUUUUAAUAGACUGUGUAAUUUUAAGAUACACAAAAACUUUAAAGUAGUAUUGAUUAUAUAAAUAAUUAUUUAACACGUCUUUUAUGGAUGUAUCUAUAUGUAAAUAGUAAUAUAUUUAUAAGCAAAUCCACUUGCCCCUGUAGGUCUCCGUCUGUGCUGUGUGGAGGAUGGCGGGUGGGUGGCUGUGCCUGUGUGUGUGCGUUGGUAGUUUGAAACGUGCGAGCUGUUUUCCCCAUUUAAUGGUAUUUACUCUAAAGUAUACUUGGUUUCGUUCUUUCUGCUGUCCAGUUUCCUUACUCAAGAUAAACAUACGCGGUUUCCUGACCAUGUAGCUGCUGUGUGACUAAUCCUUUUAACUGCUCUCUUAAUUCCUGGAGAACUUCUGAUUGACCAGAAUCGAUUACCUUAUGGCCAGGGAUAAUGCUUAUGUUCCAAGUAUAUUGAAAAUGAAAACUCAACCAUGAUGUUGAGUUUCCAAAAUAUAUACCAGUAAAUAAAAUGAAAUAUAAAGGAUGUUGGCAUACACACACACACACACACACACACACACACACACACACACGCGCGCACACAGACACACGCACACGAAGAGAAAGAAUAUUCACAAAAAGUAAAAGGGCUUAAAUUGCUUUACAUUGAUCUGGGGAAAGCUCCUAGAGCAAGUGUUAACAAACUUUCUGUAUCACCAGAGAGUGAGUAAUCAGCUUUUUAGAAUGAGACGAUGUCUUGGGAAAUGCUCGGCCCUGUUUCUGUAGCAUAACAGCACGGUGGACAGUAUGGAGAUGAGCGUGGCCGUGUUCCUGUAAAGCUUCACAGCAGCUGCCCGGGUGGUGCGCGUGGCCAGGGCUGGCAGGUGCAAGGCCCGCUGGGGACCCAGUCUCAGACCUCGGGGAGGGGAAGGCUCUGUGCCACGGUCCUGGGUAAUCCCCGGGAGGAGAAAGGGAAGGCACUUUAUUGACAGAAAGGGGCAGAAAGCCACAUUUGCCCUCUGGCCACUGCGGAUUAAUGCCCAUAGGAGGAGAAGUGGGCAUAGGAAGCAGUACUCUGGUACUGUCUGUGCCAAUGUAAGAAAUAAUUGCAUUUCUACUGACUUCUAAGGAAAUCUUCUAGUUACUGAUACUCUGAGUCAAAAGAUGAUUGUGAGACAGUCACAUGAUGUCACUUGUGUUUUAAACUGGUCACCCAGUAUUUAUUAGAAAUAUUUCUUGCAUUUAAUCAGUCAAAAAUCUAUAGAAAAGAUGUUUUCAAAGUGUCAAAAUCUCCUCAUGAAUUGUGUGUCUCUGUUGAUAGAUGGGAACCCUGUACCAGUGUUUUAUUUUUUUAACGGCCUCAUGCACCAUUGUUGUAUUUUGAAAGUUAACAUCCAUUAUUAACUAGUCACAAUUUUGUUUAAAGAUUCUAUGGAUCAGUUACGUUUCUCUGUUGUCUUUUACACCUAAUAAAUGACAUUGCUGCGCCUUUGAAGAAGAUAAACAUACUGUAAUUUCAUACCUUGUAGCUUUUGUGAGAUUAAGAAUUGUGACUAAUUAUACCUUUCAUGAGUGUACUUAUUACAUUGUGAUUCUUUGUAAGAAGCAAAGUGUAUCUCUGCCUUCCCUACCCAGAUGCAUAACACAGGCUGUGUCUGAGCACUGUCCAUGGUGAGGGACCCUGCAAAGGUGACAGAGUCUGUUCUGAGUUCACUGGAAGUCCGCACUGGAAGCCUGCUCGUUCCCUGAGCUUCAGGCAAGGCGUCACAUCAGUACAUCCGCUAAGGAGUUUAGCUUUCUACUUCCUUCCUUUAAUGUUGGCUGCAAACUUGCUCCCUGCUCCUGUGAUUAUUAGUAUUAGAAGUGGCCUUUCCCCUAAGAUCAUCCUUAGUCUUUUAUAUUUAACACAACUUAAAAAUCUGACCGUCUGGCAGUAGAAAAUGUCAAUGCAUGUUUGUAUUUAGCUUUAUAAAAUGUGUGAAGUUUUACUGUUUAAACUAUAUGCUGGAUUUCCUGUCCAGGUGUUUGAGAUGGAAAACAAGAUGCUGACCGUUAAAGCCUCUUAGCCUUGUAAGGCAGCCUCCGUCUCAAAGGAGAAGGACACUGGGAAGCAGUGGUUUCCCUUUGUAAAGACUAUGUUUAGAUUUCCUUCCAUUUUUAAAUUAUAAAUUUCUACAUAAAACAUUGACAAACAUGAAAAUUUCUGCAGAGACAGUGUCUCAGUGCAGGUGUACCAGGUUUCCGGGUUUAUCUUUUCCUUUUAGUUUAUUUUUUCCCAAAGCAUAGUUACAUGCUAACAGUAUUCUUUAUUUGAUUCGGCCAAUUUUUCUUAUAAGAAAAGUAAAACAAAGAAUAUGCUUAGAGUAAUCACUGAAUAAACUAACGUGAUUCUGUUUGUCUGUGUGGUUCUGUAAUGGAAUUUUUAUAAUUUCGAAAGCAAUAGUUUAGAACUGCUGAAAAUCCAUAUCAAAAUAGCUAUAUGAUUCUGCCAGUGAGGUAGAAAAAGUUAAAAAACUAUUGAUGUUUUUCACAGUAACUCUUUUUUGUUUCCUGAAGAAGUUGGUCUCAUGUGGCAGUAGAGACCCUAAAACAAAUGAAACCAUAAUCUGGUCCCCAGCUGCCUGCGUUAAGCCGUGAGUGUCCCAUCGGGUAAGCAUGUGUUCAUUACCGAUGUAAAUAUUGAAGCCAAAAUUGAUUCUUACGAAAGCUGAAAUUAAAUGUCAAAAACAACUGGUCAA